AUGUCAAACCGGGCAGUAUCCAUGUUCAUUCCUCAUGGUGGAGGACCGAUGCCUCUACUCAACGCUCCAUCUCACCAAGGCAUAAUUGAAUUCCUUACCGGCAAAGCCCGUACAUUACUCGGUUCACCAAAAGCAAUCGUCUUGGUCACUGCUCAUUGGGAAGAACACGUUCCGACAAUAUCCUCAGCCGAAAAACAUUCGUUGCUGUUCGACUACUACGGGUUUCCAGACGAAGCUUAUCAAGUUGAAUAUCCAGCAAAGGGAUCACCGUCGGUUGCUGAGCAAGUAAAAUUGGCACUCAGUAAACAAGGAUUUGAUGCAAAACUGAACGACAAACGUGGAUGGGAUCACGGUGUAUUUGUUCCGUUAGUACUGCUCGUUCCAGAUGCCAAUAUUCCAAUUGUUCAGCUGUCUGUACUCAAAUCACAGUCGGCCGAGGAACACAUAAAAAUGGGCCGUGCAUUAAGUUCGCUACGCGACGAAAAUAUUGCAAUUCUUGGAUCAGGCAUGAGUUUUCAUAAUAUGCGAGCAAUCUUCGAUCAAAUAACAGUUGAGGAUAAUACACCGUUUGAAGAUGCAAUUCAAGAUGCAUGCGAAUCAAUCGGGCUGGAACGAGACGAAAAGCUCAGAAACUGGGAAAAAUUUAAUGGAGCCAGGUACGCACAGCCUGUCGGUUAUGCAGAACAUUUCAUGCCACUUUUGGUCGCAGCAGGUGCUGGUGGUGAUAGUAAGGGCAAAAGCGUCGCUCGAUUGCUUUUCAAGGAAUUUGCGGUCAGCGCAUACGUAUGGUCGUAA